AUGAUUCCUCUCCCAGAAUCAAGUCCGGAUGCUACAUCUACGAGUGUCGAGUUUCGUUGCGAGCAAUUGCGAUAUCCAGGUGAUCUCAGCAACUCGCUUUUCCUGGAGGAGUACAAUAGUAGUUGUGCCAGCUUUUCCAAUACCUUUUCGGAGGCUUGUGGCUGCCCUUCUAUGCCUAUGAUUGACUACUCGAAUGCCACCGACGUCAAUGUUGCAGAAAGUGAAGCUGAUGGUAGCACCAACAUAGACGCAGGUCUUUGUUCUCUCUGUGCCAAGCCUGGGUCUCUUCGACCGGACGGUGUUGUGGAGGUUCCCAAACUGGGAAAUAAGACCUGCCAAGAAUUGUCCGACAUGAAUGCUUUCACGCUCGACAACAUUGUUCGUGAUCGAUUCAAUCUCACGUGUGAUGCAUUCCAGAAAGAAGUUCUGGAUGUGUGCGGCUGCAAUCGAGAUUGUGGUCCUAUUAUUUGUCCCAAUGGGAUGAUUCCAACUCGUCCCAAUGGCAUUAUUUCCACAGCUCUCGGCGAUUGGACGUGUCUCCAAAUGUAUGCCUUGGGGACGCUGGAUAGUGCCACCUACGGACAAAACUGCACCGAGCUUGCCGCCGUUGCACAGCGCGAGUGUGGAUGUAAUGGUACUACUACUGACGAUGUAGGAACUGCUACUGUCGGUGGAAUGGAAGGAGAAAUAAUGGAGCCAACAACCGAACCAACAACGACCCAGACCGCCCCAGUCUCGGCGUACUUUGAUUUGACUGGAGGAUCGAUUCAAUUUCGGUCUUGUCAUACUGCAUCUACCUUGGCAGACGAAUCUCCGUCGACACCUACGGCAUCUGCUCGACAAUACAGUAGCACAACGACACAGUCAUAUAUAACAUUUCAACUAUGCUCGGGUGGAUCCCAGCUCUACCGAAACGAUGACGAAAGAGACUACUCCACUGUCUGCUUAACAGAGCAUCACUGCGAAGACUAUGUUGUGGAUAUUCAGACCUACAUGAACGCUACAAUUCAUCACUUGUCGCGAAAAAUCGAGGAUGCCUGUGCGGAUUGCCACGACCAAUGCCCCAGCGACAGCGGUAGACCUCGGACGGCGGCCAGCAGUGAAGUUCCUGGUCGCACCUGUGAUUUUUGCCGAGUGGAUCGCUACGCUCGUGGCAAUCCUCCGGUCGAUGAUGCUUGCUGGUCGGGCAAUAUGGAGGGGACGUAUGCCCGUCUGUCCCUCUCGUCUCCCAUUAGUUGCGGGAUAUGCCAACGAGAUUGCAGCUUUGUGGGAUCUUCAAGAACGAUGGAUGGUGGAUACCAGGUAGAGCAAUCGGAUGGUUAUUGCGUUUGUCGACUGCUCUGGCAAGGUUCCAACGGGGACCAUUUGUAUUCCGGUCCAGCUUGUGGGACGCAAGAAUGGACAGGUCGAAUAGAAAUCAAAGUCUUUCGAGAUGAAAACUGUCUGGAGGUAGACAACUCCCAGUUCAUUGGUGAUUACUUGAUGGACGAUGAUGGAAAUCCCAAGGUGUUGUCCUACGGAUUAUUUGACGCAGUGACUAUCGACAAUCCGCUCUCCUGCUAUGUCGACAAUCCACCGUCAACAACGCAAGAUGCUGCCAACCAGGAACCAAACGAAAUGUGCCAAGUCCUAUUGAAGGAAUCAUACCCAUGCCAAAGAGGUGCCAUCGACGAUCCACCAGCUGCGACCGUGUCAUCGGCACGGAAUAGACCCGAGACGGUCGACCUUCUCCAGUCCUUUUGUCCCGAUCCAUCCAAUGAUCAAAACGUGCCGAACAACGUCGUAGGCAUGGUGGACACUGAGCAAACUACCCCAAUGAAUGGAGAGAGCAAUGAUCAUGUCGAAGAGAACCAAAGUAAUGGUGCAGGCAGCUCCAGCCAUAACACCCAGUUGACACCAGAGAAUGAUGACAACUCGGAGCAAGAUUCAGAUUCAUCCGCAACGAUGGCCUCCAAAAGUUUGGCAGCGUCGCUGGUCUCACUGCUUUCCAGCUGUAGUUUCGUGGCAACGAUUGCAGCCUUCUAA